AUGUCCACAAAGGCUGCACCCCCUGGAUGCACUCUGAACAUCGAUGAUCCUCAGGUCCAGGAGGCUGCAAUCCGAAUCCAGGCUUCAUAUCGUGGACACCGGUCACGUAAAGAGCUGCGGGAGAAAGGUCCUCCAAAGAUCCUGCAGGAGCUCAAAGAUGUGGUUCUUGUCGAGGGCAGCGCCGCAAAGCUGGAGUGCAGAGUUAGCGCCUUCCCUGAUCCUUUCAUCGUCUGGUACAAGGACGGCAAAGAGCUGAAGGAUGAUCCCAAGUAUCGCUACGUGUUUGAAGAUCCAGAUUUUGUGGCGCUCGUGGUUCGAGAUGGGGUUCUGGCUGAUCUGGGAAAAUACACCGUUACCAUUAAGAAUCCUUUUGGACAGACGUCGGGAUCUGCUUGUAUUCUUGUGGAGGUCCCUGCUAGAGUUUCCAAAGGCCCAGACAACAUAAAGGCUAAGAGAGGGACAACAAUUGUGCUCAAGGCUGAAAUAAGUGGAGAACCACCACCAGAUGUGGCCUGGCUUAAAGAUGGAGAUGACAUCGAUGAAGACAAAAGGGUUUUCUUUGACGUUGGCGACACAAACACAAUCCUGACUAUCAAAAAUGCGCAGGUGUCUGAUGCUGGCAGGUACGAGGUGUUUGUGGAGAACAGUCUAGGCACAGACCAGUCCUUUGCUCGUGUGGACAUCCUCCAAUGAGGUCUCAUCAACUACACCACAAUUAAUUUGCUCUGACAGUGCUACCCAGUGGAUAAUAUACUGUAUGAACAUUCUGUUUAAAGCUGU